CUCUCUCUCGCUCUGUUGGCACAGGGGCUGCACCCUUGUGUUUCUUUUUGGGAAAUUUUACAGUUUAGCCUGUGCCGUGGAGGUACCAGGGAAAAGCGGCGGGUGGGGCCGUGGCUCGCGAUCUAGCGCACUCUCCGGGGCUGUGUCGCGACAUAUCGCUGCCAUGGGCUGCACCUCGAGCGCCGAAGACAAAGCGGCGGCAGAGAGAUCGAAAAUAAUCGAUAAAAACCUGAGGGAGGAUGGAGAGAAGGCGGCCAGGGAGGUGAAACUGCUGCUGCUGGGUGCUGGUGAAUCUGGGAAGAGCACGAUUGUCAAGCAGAUGAAGAUCAUUCAUGAGGAUGGGUAUUCUGAAGAAGAGUGUCGCCAGUAUCGGGCCGUGGUCUUCAGCAACACCAUUCAGUCCAUUAUGGCAAUUAUUAAGGCUAUGGGCAACCUGAAGAUAGACUUUGGAGACUCUGCCAGGGCGGACGAUGCAAGACAGUUAUUUGCUCUCUCCAGCACUGCAGAAGAACAGGGUAUACUCCCGGAAGACCUGGCUGGGGUUAUUCGCAGACUCUGGGCCGACCCAGGGGUGCAGGCCUGCUUUAACCGAUCCCGAGAAUACCAGCUCAAUGAUUCCGCUGCAUAUUAUCUCAAUGAUCUGGAGCGCAUUGCUCGGUCUGAUUACGUUCCCACUCAGCAAGAUGUUUUGAGAACACGUGUGAAAACUACUGGGAUUGUGGAGACCCACUUCACCUUCAAAGACCUGCACUUCAAAAUGUUUGAUGUCGGGGGACAGCGAUCUGAGCGAAAGAAAUGGAUCCACUGCUUUGAGGGAGUGACUGCAAUUAUUUUUUGCGUGGCACUCAGUGCCUACGACCUGGUGUUGGCAGAGGAUGAGGAGAUGAAUCGGAUGCACGAGAGCAUGAAAUUAUUUGACAGUAUCUGUAACAACAAAUGGUUCACUGAGACUUCCAUCAUCCUCUUCCUCAACAAAAAGGAUCUCUUUGAGGAGAAGAUCACCCGCAGCCCUCUGAAUAUCUGCUUCCCUGAGUACUCUGGUGCCAAUCAGUACGAUGAGGCUGCUAGUUACAUCCAGACUAAAUUUGAGGAUUUAAACAAAAGGCGUGACACAAAGGAGAUAUAUACACAUUUCACAUGUGCCACCGACACGAAAAACGUACAGUUUGUGUUUGAUGCUGUGACGGACGUUAUCAUCAAGAAUAACCUGAAAGACUGUGGCCUUUUCUAACCCAACAGGGUUGAGCCAUUGAUGUGUGCAUAUUGGGGAGGGAAGCACCUUCCAGGCGUCUGUGGAUUUUAUAGUUUUUAUUCCAAGUUUGUUGCAUUUGGUAAUUUAACCUUUCUCCUGCUGGAGCAAAGUGUGCUGAAUGGAGCAAUACUUUUUCAAAAGCUGUUCUUCUCAGGCCCUGUGCUGGACAGUGUACAGUUCUUACCGAUUUUCACUUUUUAUAAACCUGGAAUGUUGCCUGUGCUGCCGGGGGGGGGGGGAGCAUUUUGGAAACUUCCAGUGUCUUUUAAAGAAGUCCAAGGCCAUCCUGAAUCAUUCCUGAAUCCCAGCAGCCAAUGCUAUUUCUCUGGUGGGCAAUUCAUAUCACUUCUGGAUACCCCUACAUCCUUUAAACCAGGGGCUGUUUUGGACACGUUCAUGUUGCUUAUAUAAAAGCACCAGCCUUUGAUUUUUGAUGCCUCUUUGUGCAUGUGCAUGCAGUUGGUUAAUGGUGAUUGUUAGCUCCUUGGUCACAAAGACUUCACAUCUGCAGGCCCAACCAGUGGCAAAGGAUCCCCCCCCCCAUCUGAUUCUAUACUUCAGGCUUUCCCUGCUCGUUGGGCCUUCAGUAAUCCAGUACAAUAAAAGCCUUUGGCCACCAGCGUUCCUACCUUCAUAACAUUCUACUUGAUUACUGGCCGCCAGAGUAGACUCCAGCUCAGCGUCAAUUGUCUGCAGCAGAGGACUCCUUCCAUUCUUGUUUUUGCCCAAAUGCUACACGAGAGAGCAGGAGAAGGCACAGUAUGAAGGGUUAACUCUUCUCUGCUGAUUUACAUUCCUUUUCAGAGAGAGAGAAAUAUAAAUAAGGAAACCAUGAAAUGCAAAUGAUAAGUAGAGUAAUUAGCUGAGGGUGGAACCUUCUACCUGGUAAAGUGGGGGGAUAUACGGAGGGUCCCGUCCCAGAAGGUUUCCACCAGUAGCUUUUUGUGCCUUUGGCUGAUCUGUGUGUUAUUAUAUUUUAUUUUUGUUUUAUUAAUUAUUGUAACUUUAGCUCAGUACAAAAACUCAUUAAUAUUAAGCUCUUUAUUAAUGCUUUUUUCUUCUCCUACUUCUAUAUUUCCUACUUAUUCUCCUUUCUCUGUUCUUCUAAAUACGCUACGGCUCCACUCUCUCCUUCUUUUCUCUCCCAUAAGCACUUCCGCCCGCCAACAUAAACUGCUGUGAUUUUGUGGCAGCAAAGGAGUUAAAAUUGUCCCGUCCUCUCAUUAUCGUGGACCGCACUGUUUCUAAAGAUGUGGGAAACUUUAUUUUUAUUGGUUUAAAUUAUUUUUGUAACAAUGAAAAUGUAAUGCUGAGUUCCGCUUACUGUCCCCCUUCCUUCCUUCAGAGUGAGAAAACCCAUUUGAUUUGUUAGGUCCCAAAAGAAAGAUAGUGGCGAGGGGGCAAUGGCAGGUCCGUGGUCCUAACCCAUCGAAAAUAGCCCACAGGCCCUUACCUUUCCCAUCAUUGGAUAUAGUUUGUCCUGCAAAAGAGAGAGGCCACAUAAUCCUGAGCCUCUCUGUCAUGGCAACAACACAGACACAAUUGAUGUGAUUUAUAAUUUCUUAAAGCUGUAGCUCCCUGCAACAAAUUCUUAUAUAUAUUGAUGUGUAUUGAUCUCUAUAAAACACAUGUAUUCAGUGACUCUGCCUGAUUUAGCUGUGAUUAUUCUGGCCUAUACUGUUCCUAUUGUCAUUCCCUAUGCCAGAUUAAUACAUGGACUGUGUCCUCUAUAAAGAUAAAGGGCAUAUACAGUAACAAUUGCCAGCGCUACUCAAAGACCAAAUAACAUAGACCUCCAUGGCACUCACACACCUAAUAAGCACAGCAGCAAAUUUCAGGCAGUUCGAGUGGCACAUUGAAUUGUAUUUAUUGUAUAAUUAGUCUAAUUAUCUCGUCCAUGCGAAAAAGCCAUCGGCAGACAGAGUAGAACUCGCUUGUCCUUCCAUCACCAUAACAAUAAAAUGCAGUAAGGAGAUUUAAAGGGAUAUUGUCAUGGGAAAACUGAUUCUUUUAUAUUUAAUUUUGAAAUUUGAUAUGGGGCUAGACAGUAACAGAACACUAGGUGGGUCGUGCCGUGCAGCCGGGCAAACGUCCCCACCCACCCUCGUCGUGGGCAUUUUCUUUGCGGCUGCAGCCGACUCCGGCCAGCUGCAGCGCGCACGAUCUGCUGGGGGGGCCAUGCGGGGGUGCGGGCGCUGGCCCUAGUUGCACUAACGGUAGUUAUGCCACUGGGGCUAGAUAUAUUGUCAGUUUCCCAGGUGCCCCCAGUCAUGUGACUUGUGCUCUGAUAAACUUCAGUCACUCUUUACUGCUGCACUGCAAGUUGGAGUGAUCUCCCCCCCCCCCAGCAGCCUAUCAGCAGAACAAUUGGCAGGCCCAGGCCUAGGGUGGCAAGACGAUAGGGGCGGCAUGCCAUCCAGCUGCAUUCUAAAAGGCGUUAAUCUGCAUGGGGUUGUGUGCGAUGUUAACGGGGGUUAAGAGUCCGUGGCACGCCAUUGCCAGGGCACUAAGCCCCUGCGGUGCGAAUUGGCCUUGGGGCGGCAAAGACUGGAAUCCGGGCCUGACAUUGGUUAGGUAACCAGAUAACGGCUCCCUGGUAGAUAUAAAAACAGCAGUCAAUAUUAAAAAUCCAAGUCCCACUGAGACGCCAUCAGUUACAUUGAGUAGGAGAAACAAUAGUCUGCCUGAAAGCAAUUCCAUCCUGAAGUGCUGGCUCUUUCUGAAAGCACAUGACCAGGCAAAAUUAGCUAAGAUGGCUGCCCACAUACCAAUAUUACAACAACAAAAAAAUACACUUAUUGGGUUAGAAAUGACAUUUUACACGGUAGAGUGAAUUAUUUGCAGUGUAAACGUGUAAUUUAGAAAUAAAAACUACACCAUAAAAAUCAUGACCGGAUCUCUUUAACUCAUCUUUGCUCCAUUGACUGCCUUCUGGCUAUGGCUUCUUUGUUCUGUUAUCAUUAGUCUGUGUAUCACAAACCUAAAAAAAAAAAUAGAAUUUUAAAUAGCUAUAUCCACAAAGACACAAAGUCCCUCUUAACUCUCGCAUUGUCUUACGAGACACCCUACGGAUUUUUUGGGGGGGAUGGUUCAUAGAGUUUGAGAAAUAAAACACACACCCAGGGAACAUGUAACAGAGCAAAGGUGACACAUAUCCAUGGGAACAGCGCCCGUCGAGGCAGAGGAACAGCAGGUAGACUUGCUUUUGUUAAGCCAAUCAUUCCCAGAUUAGGUUUGUUGGGGAAACAAGCUUAGCCUUCGUCCUGUGGUGAUGGGCGGCGCCUGAUGUAAACUGCUUUUUAACUCCCUCGCAAGGACCACAGCCUGUAUCUUUUCUCACUAGUCUUUUUCUCUAAAAUUGUUCACAUUUUAAAUAAUAAAAUGUAGAAAUUGC